AUGGCAAGCGAACAGGUUCCCGAGAGCAAUGUUGAUGUGCUUAUCAUUGGCGCUGGCCCUGCGGGGUUGAUGGCUGCCGCUUGGAUGGCGCAUUGCGGCGUCAAGGCUCGCAUUGUCGACAAGAGAAACACCAAGAUCUUCUGCGGACAGGCCGAUGGUCUGCAAUGCCGAAGUCUCGAGAUCUUCGAUUCCCUUGGCUUUGCGGACCGCGCAUGGAAGGAGGCCAACCACAUGAUCGAGAUCUGCAUGUGGAACCCCGGUAGCGACGGUCUUAUUCGCCGCAGCGACAGAAUCCCGGAUACCAUUGUCGGUCUCUCCCGUUUCCAGCAGAUCGUCCUUCACCAGGGCCGCAUCGAGCGCUUCUUCCUCGAGAACAUCAAGAAGCACUCCAAGGAUGCCAUCCAGGUCGAGCGCGGUGUCAUCCCCGAGUCUCUCGAGAUCGAUGAGUCCAAGGUGGACGACGACUCCGCCUACCCCGUGACCGUCAAGCUCAGGGAACUGAGCGAGGAGGAAGCCACCCCUCCGCAGGCCGCGAAUGCCAGCAAGGUUCCUGAUGGUCUUUUCCGCAGCAACCUCACCCAGACGGAUGAUGAGGAGGACCUCAUCAACAAGAGCAAGGCCAGGGCCGGUGCCAGCGAGAUUGUGCACGCCAAGUACGUCAUCGGCUGUGAUGGUGCUCGCAGCUGGACUCGCAGGCAGCUGGGCUUUGAGCUCCACGGCGAGGCUACUGAUUUCAUCUGGGGUGUCAUGGACAUCAUCCCCAUCACCGACUUCCCCGAUAUCCGCAUGCGUUGCGCCAUCCACUCUGCUGAGAACGGCAGUUUGAUGAUCAUUCCUAGAGAAAACAGGCUCGUCCGUCUUUACAUUCAGCUGAAGGAAAUCAGCACCGAUGCCUCUGGCAGAGCCGACCGCUCCAAGAUUACACCUGAAAUCAUUUUCGGCGCCGCUCAGAAGAUCAUCAGUCCCUACAAGCUCGACUACGAGUACUGCGACUGGUGGACCGCUUACCAGAUUGGUCAACGUGUGGGAACCAGCUUUGAUGCCCACGGCCGUGUCUUCCUCGCCGGUGAUGCCGUCCACACCCACUCCCCCAAGGCCGGCCAGGGCAUGAACGUCUCCAUGCAGGAUACCUACAACCUUGGGUGGAAGGUCGCCUUGGCUGCCAAGGGUGUCGCUAAGCGCAGCAUCCUGAGCACUUACCAGACCGAGCGCCGUCGUGUUGCGCAGGAUCUUAUCGAGUUCGACCACAAAUUCUCUCGCCUCUUCUCUGGUCGCCCCGCCAAGGACGUCUUGGAUGAAGAGGGCGUCAGCAUGGAGGUCUUCAAGGACGCUUUCCUUAAGGGUAACAUGUUCGCCUCUGGACUCUCCGUCAACUAUGGCCCCAGCAACCUCGUUAUCAAGGCUGGCGACGCUCUCGAGCAGGGCGAUGGCAGCAAGGCCGUCGAGGCCGCCGCUUUCGGAAUCUCUGCGGAGGACUUCGAGAAGAAGCAGGCUUUGGCUACCGGCCUGCCAGUUGGCAUGCGCUUCAACAGCUUCAAGGUCCUGAACCAGGCAUGCGCUCGCCCCUGGCACUUCCAAGAAAAGCUCAAGGCGGACGGUCGCUUCCGCGUCGUCCUUUUUGCCGGUAACAUCCUGGACCCCGAGCAGAAGGCCCGCGUUGACAAGUUCGCCGCGGCGCUCGACGCACCUGAGAACUUCCUGCGCAAGGCCACACCUCCCGAGUCUCCUAUCGACAGCGUCAUCGAGGUUCUCACCAUCCAUUCAUCCAAGCGCACCGAGACCGAGCUUCUGAGAGACUUCCCCGAUAUCCUUCAUCCCUUCGACCCUCACUUCGGCUGGGACUACAACAAGGUCUACGUCGACGAUGAGAGCUACCACGAGGGCUUCGGUGAUGCUUACAAGAACUACGGCGUUGACAAGCAGAGGGGUUGCGUCGUUGCCGUCCGCCCCGACCAGUACGUUGCCUGGGUUGGUGAACUCGAGGACUUCGACCAGCUGCAGAAGUACUUUGAAGGCUGUCUCGUGCUUGGGCAGCAUGCCACGAACGGUGUGAACGGCACCAACGGCACGUCGCUGGCGGUCCGAUAA